GGACAAGAACUACUAAAAAACCGCCAACCAACACUUUUUCAUUACAACAGUUUCAUAGCCAGAGAGAUACACAGGUGACUAUGACGGUUUUGAUGAGAUGUGUAGUGGGUGCCAUCCUGCUCUUUGCCUGUAUUUAUCACGGGAUUUGUCAAGACUGCGGUGCGCUAUACUUAGACCUCUUAAACGGCAAAUCAAACCAGUCCUACUAUGACUCCCUGUGCGGGGGCAACAUGACAAACUCCACUGGACCCUCAGGGGGUUUGUCGAGCUACUGCAGCAGCCUGUACACCGCCUUUUUAAAUAAUGAAGUCAACCAAACUGUCUGGGAAUCCAGCUCUUGUGCAAAUGGAUCGUCAGGCUAUCCCGGUGAAUCCGGAUAUUACAACAGCUCAUCCGGUUAUCCUGGUGAAUCCGGGUAUUAUAAUGGCUCGUCGGGUUAUCCCGGAGAAUCCGGGUAUUAUAAUGGCUCGUCGGGUUAUCCCGGAGAAUCCGGGUAUUAUAAUGGCUCAUCAGGCUAUACCGGUGAAUCCGGGUAUUAUAACAGCUCGUCGGGUUAUCCCGGAGAAUCUGGGUAUUAUAAUAGCUCAUCCGGUUAUCCCGGAGAAUCUGGAUAUUAUAAUAGUUCAUCAGGCUAUCCCGGUGAAUCCGGAUAUUAUAACGGCUCAUCAGGUUAUCCCGGUGAAUCCGGGUAUUAUAACGGCUCAUCAGGUUAUCCCGGUGAAUCCGGGUAUUAUAACGGAUCAUCAGGUUAUCCCGGUGAAUCCGGGUAUUAUAACGGAUCAUCAGGUCAUCCCGGAAACUCGGGGUAUUCAGCGGAGUAUUGCAGCGCCCUCUACGGCCUUGUCCUGAACGGCACUGUCCCCAUGGUUGACUACGAAUACAUGUGUGCGCAGUCGAACGGAUCCUUGGGAUAUACAGGAGAUUCCGGACCGGAUGCAGCGGCCUGUGCAUCCAUGCUGGCUGCGGUACAGAACGGGACUCUGGAUGCAUCGUACUAUGAAUCAGUGUGCCCUGAAGACACUGGUGAGGAUCAGUUGGGUGAUUUGUUGGAAUCCUUCAAUGCAUCUGCAAUAACUUCACCGGACGCAUUGGACAGCGUGGUGGCCGCCAUAAGUAAUACAAGUUCAACCAACACCGGCCAGUUACAACAGGUACGAGAUAUGGCAGUAUCGGCCAUGUUGAACGUAAUAGACUCUGUCACCGAUGAAGCCGGCUUGGCGAAGGUCGCCGACUCGCUGUCGUCUAUCACCGACUCGGAUGCCUCCGGUAUCACAGAGGCUACAAUGGACAAAGCUCUCGACGCCAGUGAAUCCAUACUUAACAAGAUGUCCUCAAACGCCAACCUUGGAAACGCAGCAUUAACACAAAUAUCUACAGCCAUCGUUGGUACCAUUAGCAACUUGCUGUCAGCUACGUUAGGUGAUGACCCAGCCAGUAACGUUACGGACAGUGCUAACGCAACUGCAGCCAAGGCGGUGAGUACUGAUGGUCUCUUGAAUAGCAUUGCCUAA